AUGUCAAGCAACUCGACUGCGCCUGGAGCCAAUAUCACCACUGCCGCGGCUGUGCCAACGAAUGCCGUUGAGGGGACUAACACAGACUGCGGUGCCUGGCAUACUGUUGUGACAGGAGACACAUGCAGUCUUGUAUCCAUAGCUAACGAAAUCUCUCUCACGGACUUCUAUUUCCUGAAUCCAGAGAUUGACGCCAAUUGCACCAACCUACUCCUCGGCGAGUCCUACUGUGUGGCGCCCGUGGGUUCCAUCACCACAUACGCUAGCUAUCCCAUUACAACACCUCUUUUUACAGUAACCCCGGCCGCCUUCUCCUCUGUUGACACGUCAAUUUCUACUGCCACCAACGACCCAGGAUAUAUCUAUACUCCGACCUACUACCCGAUUGCGCCCAGCACGAAGGCGGGUUGUGCCACGUAUCGCAAUUACACGGACAGAACGAACAUAAUUAUCGAUUCCACGGACACGAUGAUUACGAUGCUCAACUCCUGCAAAUAUGUCGCGUUUGCCUAUCAAGUCACUACUGACCAGCUCAUGGAGUGGAAUCCUAGUCUUUCAACAAACGCGAGCACCUGUGCCUUACAACCUGGCUAUAGCUACUGCGUCUUGGAGAGCGAGGAUUCCAUAACCCGGGAGGACAGCGGCACCGUCUGCCUAUCCAUCAACGCCACAGAGUCUACUACUGUGUCAAACUGUAACUGCUUCACCAAGGUCUUUGGCUACAUGAGCAAUGGGAGGACGAACACAGGAUCAAAGGUGGUGUCCAGCCGACUGAUGUAUACACUAGAUUACACUUGUGCGGGUAUUGUAGACGACGUGGACAUCACAGAAGCCGAACUGCUGGCAUGGAACCCCUGGCUCGCUGGUGAUUGCGAUACCGAGCUUUACGUGAACAUCACCGGGAAUGAUGUUCGCGCAGUGUGUAUCGGAAUUGAUACCAAUGCAACAACAACUGCCUCGAGCACCCCAGCAGUUCGUUCCAACCCCGGCCGACACUAUUCCUAUUUAACUAUUUUCCGAGGGUGA